AACACAGAUAGAUAUCCCAUCUGGAGCUCACUCGCUCGAGACUUCCUCACCAUUAUGGCAUCAUCUGUAUCAAGCGAGCGCACAUUCUCCUCAGCUGGCAUUAUCAUUAGCAAACAUCACAACUGUUUGAAGGCUGAUAUCAUUGAAGUGUUGCAAUGCUUGAAA